AUGUUGGCUACUAGUGGGUUAAAUGAUUGGCAUAAUCUUGCCCAAAGGCUCAAGAGUCAUGAAGCUAGUAAUGAGCAUAUUUUUGGCAUGAGCAAAUGGAUCGAAUCAGAGAUAAGAUUGCGAUUGAACGAAACAAUUGACAAAAGUGUGGAAGAUCAAAUCAAGAAAGAGAAAGUACAUUGGAAAGGGCUAGAAGAUGUUCUGAAGCAUGAAGGGACUUCCGAUAUCGAUGGAAAAGAUUUGUUUUCAGAAUUACAAGUCUUGAAAGACUGUUUACCGCGAGAGACAACAAAACCAGUUGAAGUGCUUAAUUUUUUGAAACAGAUGGAGGGCUGUAUUCCAAAUGCAUGGAUUGCUUACAGAAUCCUAUUGACUAUACCCGUUACUGUUGCGUCCGGAGAGAGAAGCUUUUCAAGGUUGAAGUUGAUCAAGUCUUAUCUUCGCUCAACUAUGUCACAAGAAAGGUUAAAUGGACUGGCCAUCCUAUCCAUCGAGAGUGAAAUGGCAGAGGAGAUUGAUUGUGAGGGCAUAAUUAGUACUUUUGCUGCUAAAACCGCAAGACGAGUGAUGUUUAAGUAA